AUGAAGAGAAACCAGUUGAUCAGCCUCGCGAUUCUUGCGCCGAGCUGCCAGGCAUACGUCUGGCCCAGCCAGUACGAUCAGCUCGACGAUCUCUUGUAUCUGCAGUCUGGUUACAUCAAGGACGGAUCGCUUUCAGAUCAAGUCAUGACCUGCGCAUUCGGCGCUAAUCAACCUGGCAUCCAGAAAGCUGCAGAAUGGGUGCGAACCGCCUUCCAUGAUUCUGUCACACACGAUGCCACGACCAAGACUGGCGGGCUGGAUGCCUCGAUACAAUACGAACUUGAUCGACCGGAGAACCUGGGUGCUGCAUUGAACAACACCUUGGCCGACAUAUCAAGUUCAGUCAACAUGAGGAGCUCCGCUGCCGACGUAUUGGCCUUGUCAUUAGUCAUGUCCGUGGCUCGUUGCGCCGACAUGCGCGUUCCUUUGCGACUAGGCCGCAAGGAUGCUGCAGAAGCUGGUAUCAAAGGCGUACCAGAAGCCCACACCGACCUCGACACCACUAGGAAGAGAUUUGAGACUGCCAGUUUGAGCGAGACCGAUAUGAUCACCUUGAUCGCUUGUGGUCACAGCAUUGGUGGUGUUCACUCUGUCGAUCAUCCCGAGAUUGUAUCUGGCCCAGUCACCGCUGAGAACAAGGCGAGUUUCGAUACUACCCUUGGUGUCUUGGACAACAACGUGGUAUUGGAGUAUCUUGACAACUCUACGGCUAAUCCAUUGGUCGUCAACACCAACAACACUUUGAACUCCGACAAGCGAAUCUUUGCUGCCGACGACAACAAAACCAUGCGCAAGCUUGCAGACAAAGCCUACUUCAAGUCCCAGUGCGAGACCGUCUUUGAAAAGAUGCUCAGUCUCGUACCGGGCGAUAUCACACUGACUGAGCCCUUGGAGCCAGCAGACAUCCGCCCUUAUAUAUCUUCAUAUCAACUAAAGGAUGGUUUGGUCGAAAUUUCUGGACGCAUUCGUGUUCGAGUUACGCCAGUGACUGGUCGCGAUCAAGAUAGCCUUACAGCUUCUAUCAUUCCAGCACCGCGCGGCAAUAUCACAGUUGCUGAAAUCGCCGCUCGCCGUGCCACUUUCCGUGGAGGAACCUCUUUUGGAUACUUAGACGAGAACUUCCUAUGGUUCGAGUUUGACCAAACAUUGAACGCUAGUGAGGCGUUUAGUUCGUUUACCAUUCGCGUCAACGAUGAUAUCUACGACAACGGCGGCACAGGCGGAUACCCUGUAAACGCUGACAUUCUCUACCAAGAAGCACAAUCCUGCGUUGUCUGGGAUGCGACCAAGCGUGAAGGUACGCUGAAUGUUACUGCUGCCGUAUCCAAGUCCCUUCUCCAGGCUGGCGCCGCUCCGCAGAUCAACGUUGUGAAGAAGACUAAGGUUCAGGGCAACUUCAUUCCUCGCUUGCAGCCGGAGACCAUCCCUAUGGUCCGAUCAAGCAAAGAGACGGCAGGGUACGUGUACUAUACUGCUUCGACGACCUUGUCUGGUGAUGGGCUCGAUCCUACGCUUGACAUCGCAGUUGGCGAUUCCAAGGUAGAGUUCAUCAACACAAACGGCCUUACUGGUCAUGAGUGCGCUCCAUUAUAG